AUGAAUUAUUAAUCGACGAUGGCGACGAACGCAAUUUAUAACUUUCUCAAAGACCAAAACAGGCCAUUUUCGGCUAACGAUGUACUCGAAAAUGUCGGAAAGGAAUACGGAAAAGCUGCCGUUCAAAAAACACUCGACGGUUUGGUAGAAAAAGGCAAAAUUUUCGAAAAGCUCUACGGCAAGCAGAGAAUUUAUUGCGUUACUCAAGAGGAAAAUCAAGUGGGAGAGGGAGUUCGUCAGUUUGAUCAGAAAAUACACGGCUUGACUGAAAAUUUAAAGCGCGUCGCGAACGAGCUUCAAACAAAAAUGACCGACUUACAAGCGCUACAAGGGAAAAUCACAACCGCCGAAGCUAAACGGCAAAGGGACGAAAAACGAGACGAGAUUCUUCAUAUUCAAAAUAAACUGAAGGCCUUACAAGACGAACCUAACCCCAUCACUGCGGAACAAAAAAUAAAAAUUGAAAGUGAACACGAAAAGCAUUUAAAGGAAUUUCGCAAAAGAAAGCGCAUGUGUAUGGAUAUCUUGAAUUCAAUUUUGGAAAAUUAUCCCAAAACGAAGAAGCAUCUAUUUGAAGAAGUCGGCGUGGAGACGGACGAAGAUGUUGGAUUUAAAGUGGAAUCGUUCUAACUUUGUAUAUUUCAGUUUAAUAAAUUAUGAUACUUA